AUGGGAGGUUGUCCAGCUAGUGACAUGGGAGGUUGUCCAGCUAGUGACAUGGGAGGUUGUGGAGCUAGUGACAUGGGAGGUUGUGGAGCUAGUGACAUGGGAGGUUGUCCAGCUAGUGACAUGGGAGGUUGUCCAGCUAGUGACAUGGGAGGUUGUCCAGCUAGUUACAUGGGAGGUUAUCCAGCUAGUGACAUGGGAGGUUGUCCAGCUAGUGACAUGGGAGGUUGUGGAGCUAGUGACAUGGGAGGUUGUGGAGCUAGUGACAUGGGAGGUUGUGCAGCUAGUGACAUGGGAGGUUGUGCAGCUAGUGACAUGGGAGGUUGUGGAGCUAGUGACAUGGGAGGUUGUCCAGCAAGUGACAUGGGAGGUUGUGCAGCUAGUGACAUGGGAGGUUGUGCAGCUAGUGACAUGGGAGGUUGUGCAGCUAGUGACAUGGGAGGUUGUCCAGCUAGUGACAUGGGAGGUUGUGCAGCUAGUGACAUGGGAGGUUGUGCAGCUAGUGACAUGGGAGGUUGUGCAGCUAGUGACAUGGGAGGUUGUGCAGCUAGUGACAUGGGAGGUUGUGCAGCUAGUGACAUGGGAGGUUGUGCAACUAGUCAAAGUCAUUUUCCGCACGGCCUUACUCUGCUGUAUUGA